GACAAUGCCGCGCUGGUCACAUGACCGAAAGUGCAGGAGGCGGAAGUGGAGAAGGCAGGGGAUCCAGUCAUGGCAACUGCAGGCUCAGGACAGACCAAUGAUGGUCAGAAAUUACACCUGAACCUCAAAGUGAAGAACACCCCAAUGCGGCUCAACAUUCAGGCGGAGCACAGAGGCAGCGCAGAGUCCAGAGGGAAGCAGAGCAUAGAGCGGGACCAGGCCGGUGCGGACCCGGGAUCAGCGCCCGAGGAUGAAACGUCAGACGGCGAGAUGAUAUUCGAGAACGGUCACUUCGCUCUGGACAAAGUCAGGGAUUGCAACACUCAGAACGCAGAAAACAACUCUUCGUCAGUCAAAGGCCAGAAUGGCGCCAGCGAUAUCACUGUACUGGUGAACGGGGAUCAUUCCCACACACCCGCCGCCAUCGAUGUGGUCUCUUCAGGUGGCACCUUAUCCACCAGUGUCACCAGCUCGACGCCGUCUCCGGGUUUAGGCUUACCUCCUGGGCCCAAUGUGGAGUCCUCCGGACCUGACUCAUUGCGAUCGACUGAAGCCACUCCAUCUUCAGACGGCUUGCCAACGGGGUGGGAGCAGAGAAUGCUGAGCAAUGGACGUGUUUAUUACGUAGACCAUAACACAAAGACCACCACGUGGGAACGACCUCUGCCACCUGGAUGGGAAAAGCGGGUGGACAGUCGAGGGCGAUACUACUACGUUGACCACAACACUCGCACCACCACUUGGCAGAGGCCUACGGCGGAGUACGUCCGCAACUAUGAGCAAUGGCAGUCGCAGAGGAACCAGUUACAGGGGGCAAUGCAGCAGCUGAGUCAGCGCUACCUGUACCAGUCGCCGUCCGCCGCACCAGACAAUGAUCCUCUCGGACCUCUACCCAAUGGAUGGGAGAAGCGGCAGGACAAUGGGAGAGUCUAUUACGUGAACCACAACACGAGGACCACACAAUGGGAGGAUCCACGCACUCAGGGUAUGAUCCAGGAGCCAGCACUGCCUCCAGGAUGGGAAAUGAAAUAUACUAGCGAGGGAGUCCGCUACUUUGUGGAUCACAACUCUCGUACCACAACGUUUAAGGAUCCCAGGCCUGGCUUUGACUCGGGGGUUAAACCUGGAGGAUCACCUGGAGCCUAUGACCGAAGUAGAAGCUUUCGUUGGAAAUAUCAUCAGUUUAGGUUUCUGUGUCAUUCAAACACACUCCCCAGUCAUGUGAAGAUCAGUGUAUCACGACAGACGUUGUUUGAAGACUCCUUCCAGCAGAUCAUGAACAUGAAGCCGUACGAUCUCCGCCGUAGGCUUUACAUCAUUAUGCGCGGUGAAGAGGGUUUGGACUACGGUGGCAUUGCCAGAGAGUGGUUCUUUUUACUGUCCCACGAGGUUCUGAAUCCCAUGUAUUGCCUCUUCGAAUACGCGGGGAAGAACAACUACUGCCUGCAGAUCAACCCGGCCUCGUCCAUCAACCCGGACCACCUCACCUACUUCCGCUUCAUUGGCCGCUUCAUCGCUAUGGCUCUCUACCACGGCAAGUUCAUAGACACCGGAUUUACCCUGCCGUUCUACAAGAGGAUGCUCAACAAGAAACCGACGCUGCAAGACCUGGAGUCCAUUGACCCCGAAUUCUACAAUUCUGUUAUCUGGAUCAAGGAGAAUAAUCUGGAGGAGUGUGACCUGGAGCUGUACUUUGUGCAGGACAUGGAGAUCUUAGGAGAAGUGACCUCCCAUAUGCUGAAAGAAGACGGGGAAAACAUCCGCGUGACGGAGGAGAAUAAAGAAGAAUUUAUCACACUCCUUACAGACUGGAGGUUCACACGUGGGGUGGAGGAGCAGACUAACGCGUUUCUGGACGGCUUCAAUGAAGUCGUCCCCCUGGAGUGGCUGCGGUACUUUGAUGAGAAGGAACUGGAGCUCAUGCUGUGUGGUAUGCAGGAGAUCGACAUGAAUGACUGGCAGAAGAAUACAAUCUAUCGGCACUACACAAAAAACAGCAAGCAGGUCCAGUGGUUCUGGCAGGUGGUGAAAGAAAUUGACAACGAGAAGCGGAUCAGAUUGCUGCAGUUUGUGACGGGAACUUGCCGCCUCCCAGUGGGCGGAUUCACAGAGCUCAUAGGAAGUAAUGGACACCAGAAGUUUUGCAUUGAUAAAGUUGGCAAAGACACUUGGCUGCCAAGGAGUCACACCUGCUUCAACAGACUGGACCUCCCUCCAUAUAAAAGCUACGAGCAGCUGAAAGAAAAGCUGCUUUUUGCCAUUGAGGAGACGGAAGGGUUCGGCCAGGAAUAACGUCUGUGAGCUGCAAUGGCAGACGAAGGAAGAGAGGCGGAUCCUUUCCCCGGCACCAGGUUCCUUAUAUCACAUCACAGGGCCUAAGUGUGGAUGCAAAAUACGGCUGUUCCAUGGUUAGAGGCUGCCGCCGUGAGAUUGACACGCCCCCUCAAAGCGUUGUCCACACCCCCCGCGCCUCUAUGAUACACUCAGUCGGUUGUGUUGGUCCAUUGCCAUUUGACUUUUAUUUUUUAUAAGGUGUUUGCUAUGCAUCUGAAAUCUAAAGGGCGACUCCACCCAAAUAUAUAUAUAUAUCUCGCCAUUGGUGGAUUGGAAAAAGAGUUUCAUAUUU